AUGCCUGAGACGAAAGACAAGUCCAAGGUUCACAGGCUGUCCAUCAGAGGAUCGGCCAAGCUUGUGUCUGAAUUCUUUGAAUACUCGAUCAACUCGAUCCUCGUCAAGAAAUAUGGCCUCAAUAUGCUCGUGUCCGCCGAUGACCAGGUGAAGGCGUAUAUCAAGAAGAUCAUGUCGCAAUUGAACAAGUGGAUGUCGGGUGGAAAGAUAUCCAAGCUAGUCGUCGUCGUCACCGACAAGGAAACCGGCGAGCACGUGGAGCGAUGGCAGUUUGAUGUCGAAAUCUUCAAAAGCUCGAAGAGUUCAAGCUCCCGGAAAACAACAGAUAAGGAGAACUCGGCUCCGGGGGACGCGGAAGCCCAGCCUGCGGAGCCAGUUGAGAAAACGGAGAAGGAGAUUCAAGAAGAGAUUCAAGCAAUCUUCCGUCAGAUCACCGCUUCGGUCACCUUCCUCCCGGUCCUAGAUGGAGACUGCACCUUCAAUGUCCUUGUCUACGCCGAUGCGGAUUCGGAGGUACCUGUGGAAUGGGGUGACAGUGAUGCCAAGGAGAUCAAGAAUGCCGAAAAGGUGCAGUUGCGAAGCUUCAGCACGAACAAUCACCGAGUGGGCACUCUUGUCAGCUACCGACUGGCGGAUUAA